AUGCUUCCCCCUUCGCCUUUUCUUUCAUCAUUUGAUCCCGCUCUUCAACUCCACUCUGAAGAUCCUAUCGCAAUCAAUCCACCCUCCGAGUCGUUCUCCGACGACAUCGAGGCAAUCCACCAACACCGUGUGGAACAGACCCGCAAUAAAGUUGUGAUUCAACACCGUUCUUGGAACUUGUCAGAUGUAUUUCGCAGUGACGACGAUAUAAGACCAGAUACUCCGACCAAAGCCUCUGUCGCAACUCCCCGAGCAAAUAAUUAUACGCCGAGUGGUAGCCUACUGUUACCAUUUCUUCCGUCCUCUCCUCCAGCCACGAAAAUGCCAUUCAUAUCAUCGCCCGCUGCCGCAGCUGCCGAAGAGGCACAAAAAAGAAAGGCCGUAGAGGUUGAAAGUCCACAGGGUGGGGAGCCUAAGCGGCAAAGAAUCCUAGGAGGAUUCGUCGAUGAUGAUGAGGAGGAGGAUGAUGAUCUUGCCGCUUUUAGAGAUGAGCAAUUAAAGAGCCAGUUUGAGUUGCAAGAGCACGCCGACACAGAGCCGUACUCGAUCCCUACGCUUCCUGAGCAAUCGCAGACUUUCGUUGGUGUACCACAACCGACAGACUUCGCUCCUACAACUUUGAGUCCCCAAUUGGAAAUGACAUCUCGACCUGCACCAAAGAAAUUCCAGAUCAAAACAUGCAAUGGAAAAACACAUAGUAUUCCGCUGAAGAAGGCCCGGGCAUCUGUUUCAUAUGAGCAAAUGAUCGCUAGCCGGUCUGCAACAGAGCCCGGAAAAGCAAAGAAGAGCUACUAUGGAAUUGAUAUCCAUAAAUUGAUGGAUGACGCAGCGAAAGAUACAAAGACAUCAAAGCCCGCCCCGCCACCUCCAGUCAAGGCUUCCAUUGAAAAGAACGAGGGAGAUGCGAAACAAAAGAAGCUCGACUCCAUGAUGUGGACCGAGAAAUAUCGCGCUCGCAAAUUCACAGAUCUGAUUGGAGACGAACGUACUCACCGCCAGGUACUUCGUUGGCUGAAAGCUUGGGAACCAAUUGUGUUCCCUGGUUUAGCCCGGUCUCGCACGAAGAAAGCGGACCAAGAGGACGACGAAGAACGCGCGCACCGGAAAGUACUCCUACUUAGUGGACCUCCCGGACUAGGAAAGACCACCCUAGCACAUGUGUGUGCCAAACAGGCUGGCUACGAAGUACUUGAGAUCAACGCAAGUGAUGAACGUAGUAGGGAUGUGGUCAAGGGACGAAUUCGAGACGCACUGGCAACGGAGAAUGUCAAGGGCUCAAAUGUUGAGAUUGGCGAGAACAAGGUCCGCCGAGCUGCUAAACCUGUCUGUGUCGUGGUGGACGAGGUCGACGGUGUUGUUGGCGGAGCUGGCAGUGGCGGCGAGGGUGGAUUCAUGAAAGCUCUGAUCGACCUGGUUAUACUUGACCAGCGCAACUCGAAACGAGCUACCGAAAAUGGUGGACAGCAUGGCAAGAAAAGAAAGGGUGAUAAUUUUCGUUUUCUUCGACCAUUGAUUCUAGUUUGCAACGAUCUCUACCACCCCAGUCUUCGGCCAUUAAGGGCCUCGUCCAUCGCGGAGAUGAUUCAUGUUCGCCAAGCACCACUUGAGAAUGUCGUCCAGCGAAUCAAGAGUAUCUUCAUUCGAGAAGGGAUCCCCUGUGACGGUGAUGCAGCCCGGAGGCUCUGCGAGGCUGCCUGGGGAUUAUCAGCCAGACGACAGCGCAACUCUAAGAAUUCAGGGUCUUCCGAGGGUGACAUUCGUAGUGUUCUUGUUGCUGCUGAGGGGGUGGCGCACAAGCUCCGAAACGAACGCCUGGAUUCUUUGAGAUUGACUCGAACCUGGCUGGAGCAGCGGGUCCUGAGCGCGUCAACAGAAGGCGGUUCGUUUACCAAAGAAAUGAGCCGCGGAGGUGUUCGUGAAAUCGUGAACCGUGUCUUCACUGAGGCUGCAGGGUUCACAGAUGCUCCUGUUGGUAGAGACUCUUUCCAAGAUCGAUUCAAUGGCCCUGAUAGUCGGGUCCCAGUCGGUGUGGCUGACUUGCGAAAACGACAUGGCAUAAACCGCCUGCGGGAGAUGAUUGAUUCUAGCGGUGAGCAUGACCGAUGUGUCAACGACUGCUUUGCCUCGUAUCCCAUUCAACAAUACCAAGACGAUACCUAUCUCUCCAAGCCGAAUUCUGCCUACGACUGGCUCCACUUUCAUGAUUCGAUCUCUGCGAAGGUACAUUCCUCUCAAGAGUGGGAGCUACACCCAUAUUUGAGCCAGUCGGUACUUGCAUUUCACCACCUUUUUGCAACUGCCGGUGGCAAGACUGAAGCUACUGAGCCUGAUGAGGGCGAUGAUGACGCGGAAGACGAGCAUCCCUUUUCCGGUCCUAAGGCGGAUUUUGCUGCUUUUGAGGCGCAAAAGCAGAACCGGGCUAUCCUGACUGGAUUUCACUCUUCAUUCUCAGCGCCACUUGUCCGCUUGUUUCGGUCCCCUGAUAAUGUGAUAAUUGAACUGGUCCCAUACUUGGUCCGUAUGCUGUCCCCGGACAUCAAGCCAGUCAUUAUCCGAGGUGCUGGUGAGUCAAGGAGCACGGCUAGUGUUCGCAAAGAAUCAGAACGUGUCCUUGUCCAGUCUGCCGUGCGAGUUAUGGGUGGUAUGGGUGUGACAUUCGAGCAGGUCCGAGUGGAGAACGAAGGCGGGAAUCAUGGUGGGUGGGCUUACCGAAUGGAACCACCCGUUGACUCGCUCAUAACAUUCUCAAAAACCCAAGGUACAUCCAUGGCAACCUCCAGCGGGAAUGCACCGGUCCGCUAUGCGGUGCGUCAAGCCUUGGACCAGGAAUAUCGGAAAGAGACUAUGCGAAAGCAAUCCGACGUCCUGACCGCAUCUGCGAAGGGUUUAAAGGCAGCACUUGGUAAAUCUGCUACUGAACAACAACACGACGCGGCCCAGAGGAUCAGAGAAGGACUCAUCAAGCGCGACUUUUUCGGGCGGGUGAUCGAGGAAAUUCCGAAGUCUAUGGAUUUGGGGGAUCAAAGCCACAAAGAUGAAAGCUCGAAAGCUGGCAGAAAAGUCUGGGUCACCUACCAUGAGGGAUUUUCAAAUGCAGUGAGGAAGCCAAUAUCAAUGGGGGAGUUAUUGACAGGGCUAUGA